UAUUAAUGUAAUGCUGUUAACAAAUUACCUCUGCCUGGCAACAGAGAUUAUCCAAGCAUACUACGUGUCUAUUUGCAUAUGAAAUUAAUCCAGUAGUAGUACACUGCAGCCUUCUCAGACCCUAAUUGCCUUCAACUAAUACAGUAUGUUUGUUUACUGAUUUCCACUUGUACUACUUUUUCAGGUUAUACGUACCAUGGAAAACAAUAACAAGAGUGGCAUUAAUCGUGUACAGACACCGGGUGCUUUCAGGACUACACAGGGACAAACACAACCUACAAUGUCAGGGAGGCAGAGGCGAGAGUCACAGCAAAAUAGGAGAGUCAGUUCUCUUGGACCAAGGCCUGCAUCCACCGGACAGAAUGCGCAAGAACAACAUGGUCUUACUUUACAGGCAAAAAUUAACAGGCUUUCCCAGGAACGCAUGUGUCAGCUGUUCACUGUUAUUGCAGAACGUAAUCCUCAACUAGUACAAGACAUUCUGGAUGAGGAUGAGUCCAUUAACAUCCCACAUGAUGAUCAACGUAAUGCCGAACUACCUCCCCCAUGGUGCCUGUGCCAUUGCUGUAGGAGUAUGCCGACUUCUAGAGAGAGAGUCUGUUGUGGCAAUGGGCCCACAAACUGUUUGUCAUUAAUUCCGGAAAUGAGUGAAAUUGUAAUACAUCAAGGUGUACUACGUGUUGCGGAUACUUACAGGCGGCCAAUUUUCGGAAUACCUGCGGAAACUGAUGAAAACCGGCGAUACAGACAUGCUUCAUAUCGGCAGUUUACGGUCUGGCGUUACGGACAACUGGGAAGCAGAGCUCGUAGAGUAAUUCCAAGUUGCUGUGUGUGGCGAAUUCGUGACCGUUAUCCCGAUGCAUUAGGACAUUAUACUGGUUUUUUACCACAUCGGAGGGGGGGGGUUUGA